CGUAACCAGCAGCAGAGAACAGCACAGUCACUCUGCAAAUUUCGGAGCGUACGGUUGUCAAGUUUUCGGUCGCCUGCGAUUUUUCUCUUUCCCGAUUUCAGCACUCUUCCCGUUCCCGCACACACACACAGACAGUAACUAACUGGAAAAAUAGAGGGUGGAGCGGAGAGAGAGGAGGCGACGACUUUCGCUCGAAUUUCUCGCAUUGUUAUUGUUGCUGCGCCGUGUUUCGUGUAUAUACUGUAUACUGCUGUGACUGUGACUCCACUGUGUGUGUGUGUUUUUCCUGGAAGUUCGAAUCGAAUUCUCUUUCCGUCUGCGGCUCACACGUCAAGUUUAAAAAAAAUAAAUAAAUUAGCUUUGAGAAUCCUGAUUUGGAUUUGAAAUCAGAAUCAGAGUCACUAGCUAAUCAUGGCCGACAACAACAACUGCCCGAAGUGCAAAAAAUCGAUCGCCGCCAAGGAGGCGGCCGCCACAAGCAUCGGAUGCAGUGGCGAGGACUGCCGGAGGAGGUUCCACCGCACGUGCGUCAACAUCGACGAUGCCGUCUUCGAGGCGAUCCAAAAGAACCCGAUGAUAUCGUUCCACUGCGACGAGUGCAAGAAUCAAUCGCCGCGCGCCUUUGCCGCCAAGUUGCACACCAUCGAGGAGAAGGUCAACAAGGUGUGCAACGGGGUCAACCAGAUCCAGGGCCGGAUGUACCAGCAGUACUUCCAGUUCGGCAAUCAGCCGCUCCAGGCGCUGGGCGCUGCCGCCGCCGCCGGCGGAGUGGCUGGUGCUGGCGGUCUGGGCGGCGGACUGGAUAGCAAGAAGCAUCCGCAGCAGAACAACCUGAUUGUGGUCGGAAACAACUGCAAUUCGGAUCGAUUGCAGGUGGUCUGCGACUACGGCAGAUGGGUGCAGGUGGGCAAGUUUGCCACCAACACCAGCGAGGAGGAUGUGAUCGAUCAUCUGGCCGAGGAGCUGAAGAUCAACAAGAACCUGGUGAAGUGCACCAAGCUGGUGAAGAACGAUGCCAACCUGUCGCAGUUGUCGUACUGCAAGUUCAAGAUCUCCAUACCGGACUACCGCUUCAACGAGCUCUUCAACGAGGCCAUCUGGCCCAGCGGCGUGAUGGUCAGCCCCUUCACUCCGCGCUCCCAGCUGAACCAGAACCGCCUCUAGAGGGACGGGCCCGGCGGCCGGGAUAGCGGUGACCGGGCGAGGGUGAAGCAGUAAGAGGAAAAGGAGGUGCUGGAGCAGCAGGAGCAGCAGCUGGAGAGGAAAAACCCAAAGGAGAGGAGUGCGCCUGCGCAGGGAGAGGAUAAACGAAUAGAAGCAGAAGCAGGAGGAGGAGGAGGAACUGCAUCAAGGGGUUGCUAUCCGGCGACUGCCACUAAACUUUCCUUUGGGGCGAUGAUGGAGCUGCAGCAGGCGGAGGAGGAGGAGGAGCAACUUUGUGCCCCCCACCCCCAUUUGUAUGCUAAUUUUCGACACUCGAGAAAACAUUGUCUAGAUCUUUAAAAGCUUACAGAACCUAUAUAAUGGAAAACAAACAAGAAUAUUUAUUGAAUUAACUUUGAAAAUGCAUUUUAAAAUGUUUUAGCGUUGCGUAAAUAACGAAAAUGAAAUCGAUAAAGAAACCAAAAAGUAUUUUAAUGGCAAAAACUCACAAAUAAAAUAGAUGUGAAGCAAAAAUAUUAGUCAUUUAUGCAUAACUGUCGUACUUAAAUUAAAGUAAAAAACCGAAAACCAAACGAGAAACCUAAGAGAAAUCCAAGCUAAACGUACUUAAAAAAGACACACACUCCAACACACACACCGAAAAAACGAUUAUUCAGGCGCGUAUUUAAACCAUUUACUAAACAGGCACUGAGAUUCCCUUUUUUGAUUUUCUAAACUCAUUUCCUGGGAACUUCGAGCCCAGAUCGUUAUACUUUUAAACCAAAUCGAUAGAAAUUUUAUUACGACGCGUGUGCGAUUACCUAUCACAUUAAGUACUUAACCGUAACCAAUAUCAAAACGUAUAUUCAAGCAGACGACGGCUUAUAUUGUAUUCGUAUAUGUAUGUAGUUUGAGGCAUUUUCAAAGCUUGUUCCUGUUCCCAAAAACGUUUGGACAUUUUGCGAACCACUGCACAGGACACUGGUCAGCAGCUAGACCCAUUCAAAUUCAGAUCGAAAGUAUAUGUAUUUGUAUUUGUAUUUGCGUUUUCGACUAAGGGGGUACUACUCUUAUGCCUUAUGACAUGGGUGUGGGUAACCCCAAUGGCAGUUUACCACUCAACACGUUCCACACACGGACAGGAUUCGAAACUAAACGAAAGAAACAAAACGAAGCUGGGCAAAUCCGUUGCAAUAAUAACUCAAUGACCGAGUAUAAUGGAUGUAUGUACAUGUACAUUUCGUAAUUGAUCUAUUUUUUUACACCAAUCCGACAGCAAUAUUUUCCGUGGGCUCCACAAGCCGGCGAUCCGAACAGAACCGUAGAUAUUUACGCAAGAGUCAGCAAACGAAAUGUAAAACACAUAUAUUAUAUAUUUAGUAUACAACAAUAUGCAUGCAUGUAUUUAUGUCAACCUUUUUCAAUAAAUUCUACAAAAAAAUUAAA